UCUUUCUUCCUUCCUCUCCUUUCUCAUCCGCUUUCUUCUUUUCUCUCCACCUCACCUCUCCAUUUCUUUCAGAUAGAAUUCAUUCUAUCCUUCCUUACACAUCAUUCACAAUGUUCGCAGCUCGCCAGUCUUUCAACCUCCUCCAGAAGCGCGCCUUCUCCGCUUCUGCCAGCCAGGCUUCCAAGGUUGCCGUUCUUGGUGCCGCUGGUGGCAUUGGCCAACCUCUCUCCCUUCUCCUCAAGCUCAACCCCCGUGUUUCUGAGCUUGCCCUCUACGAUAUCCGCGGUGGCCCUGGUGUUGCCGCUGAUCUGAGCCACAUCAACACCAACAGCACCGUCUCUGGCUUCGACCCUACCCCCUCUGGCCUCCGUGAUGCUCUCAAGGGCUCUGAGAUCGUCCUCAUCCCUGCCGGUGUUCCUCGCAAGCCCGGCAUGACCCGUGACGACCUGUUCAACACCAACGCCUCCAUUGUCCGCGACCUUGCUAAGGCUGCCGCCGAGGCUUCCCCCGAGGCCAAGAUCCUCGUCAUCUCCAACCCCGUCAACUCCACCGUCCCCAUUGUCGCCGAGGUCUUCAAGGCCAGGGGUGUCUACAACCCCAAGCGUCUCUUCGGUGUUACCACCCUUGACGUUGUCCGUGCCUCUCGCUUCAUCUCCCAGGUCCAGAAGACCGACCCCUCCAACGAGGCCGUCCCUGUCGUCGGUGGCCACUCCGGUGUGACCAUUGUCCCUCUUCUCUCCCAGUCCAGCCACCCCAGCAUUGAGGGUGAGACCCGCGACCAGCUCGUCAACCGCAUCCAGUUCGGUGGUGAUGAGGUCGUCAAGGCCAAGGAUGGUGCUGGCUCUGCCACCCUCUCCAUGGCCAUGGCUGGUGCUCGCAUGGCUGAGUCCCUCCUCAAGGCCGCCCAGGGUGAGAAGGGUGUCGUUGAGCCCACUUUCGUCGACAGCCCUCUCUACAAGGACCAGGGUGUUGACUUCUUCGCCUCCAAGGUCGAGCUCGGCCCCAACGGUGUUGAGAAGAUCCUCCCCGUUGGCCAGGUCAACGCCUACGAGGAGAAGCUCCUCGAGGCCUGCCUUGGUGACCUCAAGAAGAACAUCCAGAAGGGUAUUGACUUCGUCAAGGCCAACCCUUAAAUUACUCUCAUAAGGUAAACUAGACCGUCUGCAGCUCUUUUCCUCCCUGUAUAACAGUCUUGUGUAUGACAUUUUGCGCCUAUUACCCAUCGUGUAUGCUUCCACUCGCAUCGGCUUUAUAUCGGAGGAGAUGCAGCUGCAGUUUGUUUCUGGAGCAAUGACGGGCUGAUGGAUAGUUAACUGAUGAAUCCUUCUCUCGUUUCAUGAUGGCAAAGGCGACGAACAUGUAUUUCCUAAGCAUUUCAAAAUAUAAUUGAUUCCCCUGA